CCCAUGUCCCAACGUGGAAUACCUCCAAAUGGAUUAUUGUCAGAUUUCAAUGGAGUUGCCGCUUUGCCCGAAGAUCAAAUCGCUGAAAAUUUUCUACUGUAUAUCGAGUAUCGAGGACGUGCUCUGGAGGUUCAUCGUGAAGCAGGGAGGCACCUUGGAGGAUAUCGAGAUUAACUGUCGUCCCUCGCUAUGCGAUAGCGGCGGUUUUCUCGAAAUUCUCCGCAGCUGCAAGAGACUCCGUUUGAUUCGCAUUCAGGCACAAAAGAUCAAGUUCACCAGGGAAGUGGUGGCCACCAUGAUGGACAUUCUGAAGGACAAUGGCGUCACACCGGAUAGGCCGCUACGAUUAAUACUCUACUGCAAUGCGAAGGUUUUUUGGAUCGCUCAAUGGCUUCGGUCAAAUAGCAAUCGGAAUUUAAUCUCUGUUCAGGAGUGGUGACAAUAAUUAUCAGAAUUAAAUAUGCCCAUGCCCAUACUCGUACAUGCAGUUGCUUCUCGUCAGAGAGAGUAGGCUCGCCGCUCAGAGGAACGCAUGGGAAAAGAACGAAGCAUUACAGACCUGCUGCCGAAACACCCAAGCAUAUGCACAUGCACAUGUCUUCUGUUUAUUCCAAAUAAAAUACCCUGCUCGCAAAA